AUGUCGUCGCCUUUCCAAACUUUUGGAAUGGUAAAUGGCACAUCAUCACAAAGCCCUGAUCGUGGCAUUGAUUACAAGCGAAUAAAACUGGAAAACGGAUCAGGGGACUCGCAGGAGCCGUUUUUCCCACAGUCGGAACAGAGCGGGCCAUUGUUAGAAGGCCCUGGGGCCAAGCGAGAUGUAAAACCCUUCACCCCACCAAAGCUUACCUCUUCACAACAAGAUGACAUACAGAGAGCCAAGAAAUAUGCCAUGGAGCAAAGCAUUAAGAGUGUGCUAGUGCGACAAACAAUAGCCCACCAGCAACAGCAAAUGCAACAAUUUCAAAACACAGUUCAGAGGCAGCAGGCUUUGGCACUGAUGUGUAGAGUCUACGUGGGCAGCAUCAAUUUUGAAAUCAAAGAAGAUACAAUAAAACAAGCAUUCCUCCCAUUCGGACCUGUGAAAUCUGUCAACCUGUCUUGGGAUCCUAUUACAAACAAACACAAAGGCUUUGCUUUCAUUGAAUAUGAAGUACCAGAAGCAGCUCAGCUGGCAUUGGAACAGAUGAAUGGGGUUAUGAUCGGUGGGCGGAAUAUCAAGGUAGUAGGGCGACCUAGCAACAUGCCCCAGGCUCAGCCAAUCAUUGAACAACUGGGACAGGAAGCCAAAAACUACAACCGUAUUUAUGUCACUUCUAUACAUUCAGAUCUGACGGAAAAUGAUAUCAAAAGUGUGUUUGAGGCUUUUGGGAAAAUUGUCAGCUGUGAGUUGGCACAAGAUCCAGCAAAACAAGGAAAGCAUAAGGGUUAUGGCUUCAUUGAAUAUGAGACACUGCAGGCAGCUUUGGAUGCAGUUGCAUCAAUGAACCUCUUCGAUUUGGGUGGCCAGUACCUCAGAGUUGGAAGGGCUAUUACACCACCUGAUACAGCUUUUGCUCCAUCAAUUCCACCUUCAGCCAUGCCAGCAGCAUCAGCAGUUGCUGCUGCAGCAAUCACAGCAAAACUCACAGCCCUGGAUGCUCAACAGCAAGUUUUGCCUCCACCAGGUCUUGCCCUGCCAACAUUAGGUGGAACCAGCACAGUCAUCAAAGCACCAUCUGUCCUCGGUGCAAUCAGUACCAACGUAGUCUUGCCUCCAAUGGCCCCUGCCCAUCCAUCCAUGCCCAAGCCGCCCACGGCACCCCCAGUUCCCCUGAUGUCCCUGCAGACAUCCCCAGUUUUACCCAUUCUUCCAGCUGCCAACCCUCCUGCCAUUGGUCUCACAUCACUGCCACUGGGAGUAGGAGCAACCCAGAAUACUGCCUUAGCAGCAGCUGUAGUCUCCGCAAUGGCUUUCAAGAAAGAUCCUGCAACCAGUCAGUUUUCUCUGCUACCAGGAAUGCCAAGCAUAACCACUUUAGGCCUGAGCAACUCAAUGUCCACCGCACAUGCAGCAGAUAAAGAUGAAGACAAGUCAGGCCAGGAUGAGCUUCCACAAACACUGGAGCAGCAAGAGAGCAUGGAGAUCAGUGGCAGCAGCGCAAGGCACAUGGUCAUGCAGAAGUUGAUGCGGAAAUCUGAGUGUCGAGUCAUGGUCUUGAGAAACAUGGUUGGCCCAGAAGACUUGGACGACGAGCUGGAGAGUGAAGUUACCGACGAAUGUGGGAAAUUUGGCAUAGUUAACCGAGUGAUCAUUUACCAGGAGAGACAGAGUGAGGAAGAGGAUGCUGAAGUUAUAGUCAAGAUCUUUGUGGAGUUUUCAACACAAGAAGAGGUGGAGAAAGCCUGCAGUUCUCUUAAUGCCAGAUUUUUUGGAGGACGAGUUGUGACAGCUGAAAAAUAUGACCAGGAUAUGUAUGAUGCUAAUGAUUUGUCAGGCUGA